ACGGCCAUCUUCAUGUGCAAGUGCUGUAACCUUUUCUCACCAAAUCAGUCGGAGCUCCUCUCCCACGUCUCUGAGAAGCACACAGGAGAAGGGGUUAGUGCGGACGAGAUCAUCAUUCCCCUCAGGCCUCUGAGCACUCCUGAACCCACCAACCCACACAAAAGCGGAGAUGAGUUUUCAGUCAUGAAGAGGAAGAGAGGCAGGCCGAAGGGGUCCACGAAGAAGCCCAGCGGCGAGGAGGAGCUGGCAGAGAGCGUCGUCAGUCCGCAGGAGGGCAGUCCGCCGGCCCCAGAGGAGGGGAGCAGCCUGGCUCCGGGCAGCUUGGAGUGCGGCCAGUGCCGUCGAAAGUUCUCUAACCCGCGCCAGCUGAGGAAGCAUGUCUGCAUCAUCGUGCUGAACUGGGGUGAGGAGGACGGAGACGCAGGUGAUGAAUCUGACCUUGAACUGGAAAGGAAGUAUAAGGAGGAUGAUCGAGAAAAGACUCCAAGGAGGCCGCGGACACAGAGGACGGAGAAAGUCCAGAAGAUCUCCUCGGGAAAGGAGGCCGGGCAGGUUUCCGGAGUGAAGAAGCCCAUCAUAAGUGUGGUUUUAACGGCACACGAAGCUAUUCCAGGUGCCACCAAGAUCGUUCCAGUGGAGGCCGGGCCCCCGGAGACGGGCACUGCAAACCCCGAGGCCACCCCGGCCGACCUGGCGCCUCGGAGAGGGUACCAGGAGUACGCCAUCCAGCAGACGCCGUACGAGCAGCCCAUGAAGUCCAGCAGUGCCGCGCAGGAGCCCGCCCCGCCCGCGCACUUGGCCGCCCCCCAGGCCCAGGGGGCCGCCCUGCCACCCUGCGGGCUGGAAGCCGCCGCGGACGCCUCGGACCUUCCUCCGCAGGCGGUGGUCUCCGAGGAGUUUUUACUGAAAAAUGAUCCCUCCCCUGCUGAGGCUCGCACCGUCCCCGAGGAGACCUUGGACGCCCGGCGCGGAGCCUCCUCCCAGACUCAGGGUGAAGAAGUCCCGUCACUGCCAUCCAAGGCCGGAAGUGCGGGAGCGAACCUGGACGCGCGGGGGGCCGAGAGCCCCCCAGAGGCAGGGCAGAAAAUGGCUGCCGUCCCGUCCGAGGGACCAGAUCCUAGUAGGUGUCUCAGGUCAAACCCAGGCGAGGCCUCGGACCUUCCUCUGGUAGCAGGUGGAGGGGAUGUGGCCCCGCCGCAGCCUGACUCUUGCAGUCCGGCCUCCGAGCACCGGGCCGGCAUCAGUGCGUUCAUGAAGAUCCUGGAUGGCUUACAGAAGAGAAGGAUGAACACCGGCUUGUGCGAGAGGAUCCGGAAGGUGUACGGGGACCUGGAGUGUGAAUACUGCGGCAAACUUUUUUGGUACCAAGUGCACUUUGACAUGCACGUGCGCACCCACACCCGGGAGCACCUGUAUCACUGCUCCCAGUGCCAUUAUUCCUCCAUCACCAAAAACUGCCUUAAACGUCACGUUAUUCAGAAACACAGUAACGUCCUGCUGAAGUGUCCCACCGAUGGCUGCAACUACUCAACUCCAGAUAAAUACAAGCUGCAGGCACAUCUUAAAGUUCACACGGAACUGAGAGCAUUGGAGGACAUAAUACGCAUUGGGUCGCGGAGCAGCGCCGGUCUGCAUGGUAGACCUCGAGGCCCAGCCCUGCCCUCUGCUGGCCCGGCCACCUUCACUGGACCCUCGUCUGACAAAAGGAGUUAUUCUUGUCCUGUGUGUGAAAAGUCUUUUUCAGAAGAUCGAUUGAUCAAGUCGCACAUCAAGACCAACCAUCCGGAGGUCUCCAUGAGCACUAUUUCCGAGGUUCUCGGGAGGAGGGUUCAGCUGAAAGGGCUGAUUGGAAAGAGAGCCAUGAAGUGCCCGUAUUGUGAUUUCUAUUUCAUGAAGAACGGCUCAGACCUUCAGCGUCAUAUUUGGGCUCAUGAAGGUGUGAAACCCUUCAAAUGUUCUUUGUGCGAGUAUGCAACUCGCAGCAAGAGUAACCUCAAGGCUCACAUGAACCGUCACAGCACUGAGAAAACCCACCUGUGUGACAUGUGUGGCAAGAAAUUCAAAUCAAAAGGGACGUUGAAGAGUCACAAGCUCCUUCACACUGCUGACGGGAAGCAGUUCAAGUGCACGGUGUGUGACUACACGGCAGCCCAGAAGCCCCAGCUGCUGCGGCACAUGGAACAGCACGCCUCCUUCAAGCCCUUCCGCUGUGCCCAUUGCCAUUACUCCUGUAACAUAUCCGGCUCCCUGAAACGGCACUACAACAGGAAGCACCCCAACGAGGAAUACGCCAACGUGGGCACCGGGGAGCUGGCGGCCGACGCACUCGUCCAGCAAGGUGGUUUGAAGUGCCCUGUGUGCAGCUUUGUGUAUGGCACCAAGUGGGAGUUCAACAGACACUUGAAGAACAAGCAUGGCCUGAAGUUGGUGGAAAACGAAGGAGAUCCCAAGUGGGAGCCAGCAACAGAAGCCCCCGAGGAGCCCUCCACCCAGUACGUGCACAUCACAGAAGCCGAAGAGGACGUUCAGGGCACGCAGGCAGCCGUGGCGGCGCUCCAGGAUCUGAGAUACACUUCCGAGAGCGGGGACCGACUUGACCCCACGGCUGUGAACAUCCUCCAGCAGAUCAUCGAGCUGGGCACCGAGGCCCAUGAUGCCACCGCUGUGGCCUCAGUGGUUGCCAUGGCUCCAGGGACAGUGACUGUCGUGAAACAGGUCACGGACGAGGAGCCCAGCUCCAACCACACGGUCAUGAUCCAGGAGACCCUCCAGCAGGCCUCCGUGGAGCUGGCUGAGGAGCACCACCUCGUGGUGUCCUCUGACGACGUGGAGGGCAUCGAGACGGUGACCGUCUACACUCAGGGCGGGGAGGCUUCGGAGUUCAUCGUCUACGUGCAGGAGGCCGUGCAGCCCGUGGAGGAGCAGGCGGUGGGGCCGCAGGCCCAGGAGCUCUAGGGGACGGCGGCGGCUGGACGCCACGGGGCAGGCCCACCAGGCUCUCCGCGGGACAGCACCCUUGGUGGCUCUCUCCUCCUCGGUCCCCGCCCAGGCGGCCAGAUGGGGCUCCCCUCGUCCCCCUUUGGGGGGGCAAGGCGACCGGCAUCACCAGCAAUACAGGACUCCCCGUUCCCAGCACAAACACACACACCCCUUCCUCUGCAUCCUCUGCUUCCGGAAAGACUAGGCAUCGACUUCCCACACAGCCCACGCCGCGUCGCCCCUUUGCUUCGGGAUUCAUGCAGGGACCCGGUGCCCGUCAGUGUCUGCCCUGAAUCACACCCCCAACUCCCUGACCCCGUGCAGGUGUCCAGCCUUCCUCUGGGACCGCUCUGUGGCCUGAAUGAUGGGAGGGAGCCAGCCGGCACGGAGAAAGUGACCUUCUGGUUUGGAAUCCCCUCCCGGGGAAAAGAGGGGAGGGGAUCCUGGCUUUAUCCACAAGGUCCUACUCCCCCACGUCCCCAAGUGUCGAGGGCACUUGUUACCGCUUGCGGAAACCACAGUUGAGGACCUCUUGUUCCCGCAACAGGCGGGAUCUUAGCUUACGUCUUAGAAUCCUGCUUUUUAAAAAAAAAAAAUGCACUUUUUACUAUUCACCUCCCGUU